AUGGGCGCCGAACCAUGGCUCGACAGCCUGUCCGACGACUGGCCAUCGGUGCCUGUCUCUCCUACAACACCUGUGACGCCUGGCCCUUCCAAGUCCGUCCCUCCCUCUUCUCCUCGAACGGGCGCCCAGGAUACCCCUAGUCGCAUUCCAGUGCCCGCCCGUCGAUCCGUGGCACAACAGUCACCCGCCAGCGACAAAAAGGUGACUCGGCCAUGUCACUUCUAUAAAAGAGAGCCUCCGACCCCGAAAACACCUCGAACUCGCAGGAAACCCUCAACGACCCAGUCGCCGACACCUGCCAAAACCAAAACAUACACCCCGAAGGCCUCUCCGAAGGCCUCCCCGAAGCGCAGUCCGAGGCCCUCAUCCGGCGCGGCUAGCAAGCAGCCACAGGCCAUGGAAACGCGCUCCCCUUUGCGGUCGGUCUCGAAUGUUUCCAGCCAGUCGGGAUAUCAAAGCACGGUUCAAAUUAAACCGAAAAAGACCGAAGAGGAGAGCGCGGCCACACCCGAAUGGCGGAAGCGACUGGUGCACGGAGACAUUGGCGUGGGCGAACAACGAGAUUUAUUCGCGCCUAUGGGCCUUGAAAGCGUGUUCAAGCCGCCGACGCCUGGAUCCACGAACCCGCAGCAAGACGCAAUCCCAUUCACGAAGCAGGACGACCCGCUGUGGGAUUUCACCGAUGCGACUUCGCGACAGGAUAGCGCAGUGAGAGAAGACGCCGACGAGCGCCUUGAACAGGACCCAGGUGUUUUUGACGACAAUGAAACGGGCACCGGCAUGGAGUCGCCACUGGGCACGGUCAAUCAUGCACCUUGGGCAGCCCAACGACCUGGAGAUCAGGAUCACGACGAAGAGGACGUUUCACAAUGGGGAUACACCGAGCAGCGAACGGCCAGUGGGCUGGAAGACCUUCGCAAUGAGGGCAUCACGCCGAUUACAUUCACGCGACCGAACACACUGGAAGGCGGAGCUACAUCGGAGGUGAUUGAUUCCGCCUUGAAGCAAGUCACCAACAAGCUCGAGAGCCUGUCAAUGAACAAUGACAGCCGGCCAGACUCGGCAGCCAGCGAUAGCUUCCUCUUCUACAAUCACAGCGAACCCCGCGCCGAAGGCUCACCGCAAGAUGAUAGUCUGCUGGAUGUGACCAGUCACUCCUUGCCGCAAGACCUUUCAAUGGGAACAGUGGAUUUCAGCAGCCGCCGUGGCAACCACUCUUUCCGUCAUCGAUUUACUCCUUCGCCCUUUCCUUCACAUCGAUUGUCCCCCGCGAACCUCGCCAACACAAAAAUUCGCAGUUCCCCUCUCUUCAACCCUUCGCAGCAUAAAGGAUCCCCCGCUUUGCCUCGACCUUCUUCCUCCCAUGUUCGCCCCUCAACAGCGGGGGAUGCGACAAACGAAACUAAAAUGCCAUCAUCAGGCAGUCCGCUGAAGCUGUUUGGCGAGCACGACACCUUCACGAACAACCGUCUCUUGCGGCGGAUGAGUCAGUUUGAAGAGUUCAGUGACGUAUCAGACGGUGAGGGGCCACCCUCGCCAUCAGAAGAAGCGCGGCGAAAAGGCGAGAGCCGCAGCUUUUUUAUUCCCAGACACGAGCCAUUGAGAGAAAUAUCGUCAAAGCUCAAUGAGCGACUUGCCUCUCGGAAUAUCCCACGACCUCGACUGAGCCGAUUUGGGGAUGGAGAACUCGAUCAAUUUGACUUCUCUGAUGCCAGUCCAUACGAAAAUAAGUUGGUCUAUGACGAAGCCCAAGGAUUUGGAUCCCGACCCUCCUCACGGAGAGUCCCAUCUGGUAGACAGCAUCAUCUCCACGGGGCGUCUCAGCAGGGCUCUCUCCGCUACACCAGGACUGCAAGUUCCAGUUUUACUCGAAAGCCAUCGGCAUGGACUCGCCAGAGCUACUUCGACCAUGUCCGCGACACUUCAUUGUCACGUCUCAACAAGAAGGAGAAUCGGGCAUCCCCCGAAGUUAAACGAGUUCCCAAAAAAGCAGCCGACCCAACUCCAAAGCGCCGCCGAACAAUAUUGCGAGACAGCGCAGAGCCGGAACACUCCUACCAAAAUGGGGAUUCUCCUCCGAAGCUCGGUGACAGCAUGUCUCUUCUGCAAAGAAGCUUGCUACAACAUGGCGUGCACCUUGAAAAUGGAGACUAUCUCGCCCCUCCUGGCUUGUCUCACUCCGUGCAACGACCCAGGACACCUACUCCCAGCCAAAUCAGGUCGACUCAUGAACCCUCAAUUGCCCCAGUCAGGGACUUUUCUGAGUCUAACUUCGAUGAACUGGACUAUUCAGAUUCGUUCUCUAUUGAAGGGGAUAUCCCAAUUCUCAAAAUUACUAGCACUAGUGACACGUCGCGUAAAGGGUCAAUCACUACUCAGGAUUAUCUGAAUGAGGCUACCAAGAUCAUGGAUUUGAUCCGGUCCAAAGGCCGAUCGAAUGUUGGUCUGACUAGCGUGCAGGAGUCUGAUCCAGACAGCGAAGAGAACGAUUUCAGCUACGAGGAUGAAUCUACUCGGGAAGCCUUUUCUCGUCCUCCAAGUCGAGACGGCACAGACCUACGCAAGCAGCGGGAGCCCAAGGAGUUGAACCCACUCAUCAUCAGCCAUCUGAAGAAAUAUCAAGAAAGGGAAGAUGGCAGUGAUUCGGCUAUGUCAUUCAACGGCUACUCUUCAUAUAAGGAUGACGGCCGACUUGGGGGACUUACCCCCGAACAGAGAAAGCGCAAGACUAGUGCUUCAAUCGAUGACAUUGCUGAGAAUAUCGCCCAAGACCUGAUGACAAUCAACACUCAGAUGUCUGGAUUCAGCGUUCACUCUGUUCCAACUGGCUCGUCUCAAAACUCGCAGGCGAAAGGUAUGCUCUCUUCUGACCUUGUAUCCCAUUUGAUUCCCCAGCAAGUGAAUGGUUUCACGUAUGAUCGGUCAAGAAAUCAGUGGAUCAAGGACGGCACUGAAGCGCCGAUCCCCACUCCUCUCCGUGAAGUUGAGCAUGAUCCCUUCCAGGAUAUUCCGGACUUGAGCGUGGAUGAGCUGCAAGAGAUGCUGAGAGUCCAUGGACUAAGCUCUGCUGAAAAGAGGUUGUCUGCGGAUCAGAGUGCGGAUCAUCCUGCGUGUACUCUCGAUGCAGGUGCUCCUCCCAGGAAGACUGAUUUGCGACCACACACAAGGGACGGUGAGCCCUCAAUGGGUGCGAGCUCCCUGCAGUCUAGAGCGACACGAUUCACAUCGAGUGUUCCUCAGUCGGGCACCAGAGCCACAUCAUGGAACACGGAUGAAAUGAAAGAAGGUCAAGUUGGCCAAGUGGCUCCUGUACCUGGCUCACAGCCUCGCGCAAAACAGGCUCGUGUUGCGACAAUCACCUUUUCGUCACCUCUUGUGUCGCACGUCGCUCAUAAAGAUGGCUCCGAUGCCCAGGAAUCGGUUUUAGAACAGGGAGAGGUGACUGACACAGCUCAGUCACCGAAAGAUAGUCCAGCUCGUACGGAUCAGCCGCAUGAUCCAUCGCGGUCCACCGCACGGCCGAUUGGCCGUGAAACUUCUGUGGGCGGCCAGCCAUUUAUCCGACGUCCCAUCUCUCGAAUCGAAGAAAGAAACGAGGAAGGCGCCGAAGAUCUCAGCCUUGUUCGCACAGGUGAUCCGAUGGCUGUCCAGCAGACCCCAGGUGCAGGUGGUGCUGAGACUUCCUUGGUCCACAUUCAAAGUCCCGAGCAGACAAACUACAGUUUCCAUCUGAGUCCUCUCGCUGAAUUCUCUGUGAACCAGCCAGACCACCCCCUGAAUCUCGAAAUGAGCUAUGUGGCCCAACGGACAAAUCCCAAGUCGCUGAGACAGGUUCACGGAACUUUUGCUCUCGCGACAGAGGAUCUCAUCAAGCACAUCACUGAUGUAGAACCUUAUGAGCCCUACUGGGACCAUGUCCGCCGCUUGGUGCUUCGUCAAAAGGGACUGAUUACUCUCCACAAGCUGAGUGACUUCUGUCCUCGACUUGAGGAUCUCGAUGUUUCCGAUAAUGACAUUGGUCAGCUGAGCGGUGUUCCUUCAACCUUGCGAACUUUGAAGAUCUCUCGGAACUGUCUCUCAAACCUCACGCCUUGGAGCCACUUGACCAACCUGCAAUAUUUGGACAUUUCUGGCAACGACAUUGAAACGCUGGAUGGUUUCUCUAGUUUGAUACACCUUCGAGAAUUGAAGGCAAACGACAACCAAAUCCGCAACAUCGACGGUAUCAUGGAUUUGAAUGGGCUGCUGAGCCUGAAGCUGAGUAACAAUUCUGUUACCAGUGUUGAUUUCGAAGGAGCUGAACUGACUCGACUUCGUGAUCUUGACUUGAGUCAUAACUGCUUGACUUCGGUUCGGAAUAUCGAGUGGCUUCCGUCUCUCUCUACCCUUGAUCUUAGCGCCAACCAAAUCACACGACUCGAAGCUUCAUCAUCACUUAUUAGCCUACGUGCCCUUCGACUCUCUGGAAACCGACUGGAUCGGUUUGAUGUGAAGAAUUUAUCUUCUGUGAGCCUUCUUUACCUUGACCAGAACUGCUUGUCUGCUAUCGCUAGCCUGGAGCACUGCCACAACCUCGAGGUACUUUCAGUACGAGAGCAAUCUUCGCUUUUGGAGAACGAUUCGAGCUUUGCUCUGGAUCUCGAUCUUGGUUGUGUUAAGGAUGUGCGAAAAUUGUUCCUGUCUUCCAACAAGCUUUCAUCUGGGUGUCUCUCGCCGUCGGUACCUUUGCUUCAACUCCAAUUAUUCGAUCUGGCUGCCUGCACCCUGCCUGCUCUUCCCGAUGAUUUUUCAUCGAACUUCCCCAACGUCAAGGUGUUGAACAUGAACUUCAACUCACUCAUUGAGCUAGAGCCACUUGUGGGAAUGAAGUGUCUCUCCAGAUUGUCUAUCGUUGGAAACCGACUGGCCAGAAUGAGACGCAUCUGUCAAAUUCUCAGCCGACUGGGCCGAGAUGGCCGCGGAAACCCUUGCUCCCUACGGAAGCUUGAUAUCCGCGGUAACCCAUUGACCAUUGGAUUCUACCCCCCAGCCCUCACAGGCAAUGGUACCAAUGUGGACCGCAAGAAGUUGAAAGACCAGGAUAAGGCAAUCAUCCCCCAACAGGACAAUCGACGAGAUCUUUCGGAUGCUCUUGCCGACCUUGAUCAGAAUGACCAAAUGACUCAGGCAGUCACUUGGGAGGACGGAUCGAAGGGCGAGCAAAAUGUCGAGAUUAACGACCCAUUCACUCUCCCUCUUGCCGACCCCAGCGCAGAUGCGAAGUACCUCAGCCAUUUGGACAAAGUAACUCGGUUACGCAGAAGCGUGCUGGAGCUUUUGCUUUACGCUGGCACAAGCGGCUCACUCAGCACCCUGGAUGGAUUGGAGCUUCGGCCAACCCUAGGCGAGGACAGUCCUGACAUGGGCAAGGCGUGGUCGAAAUUGGAGGAGCUGGGUGUUCUUAAGAGAAAGGCGAUCACCAACAAGGCUUAA